AUGUCGAUUUCGACGUGUCACGGGUCUUUCUUCGCGCGGCACCUAGAUUCAAACUUCGACUUUUUCAAGUCGAUCAAGCCUACAUACAGUAGCGGAUGGUCACUUAACCGGGGGUAUACCCAACGACGAGUCUCGACUGUUGUUCUUUAUGCGCUUACCCCGGAAAUUAGGUCACGGGAUGCUGAUGGCCAUACAGCGCUGCGUAUGGCUUUGGCAGUCUUCCGUCAACCGCGUGCUCUCAAAGCCGAGACUAAAUCCGACCCGGGUGGGCGCGUCUUUUUCAGGUCUUUUCGAGCGGCACUUAUAGGUGUGGUUCGCAUAAAAUCUCUCGGGUGCCUUCAAACAGCGAAAGUCGGCGAAAUGCGCUACCACAAGCGGAACAUUACUGUUCGCACUGUGAUUGGCUACCCGCAUAUAUCAUUGGCUGACAGCGGAUCCGCUCAAUUUCCCGACUCGUCAUUGGCUAUACGAAGGGCAGUAUAUGGUGUCAUACCUGUCCCUCGUUCGAGAAACAUAUGGAGGUCGAGGCCUAUACAAACGUUAUAA